CAUCCUCCUUUCCAGCUCUCUCAGUCCCCCGUCUUCACCUCCCCUCUCCGCCAAGUUAGAUUCUUUCCUCUGCAUUCCCACGUUCAUCAUCUCAUUCUCCUCUCAACCUAUUCCUCCGUUAUUCUUCAGUGUUUACAGCUCACAAACUUUAGUUAGUGAUAUAAAACGACUGGAGUCAAAAUAUCUUGGAGGCCAUUCACUUGGUCUCCGUUAUCCCCAUCCCACUAUUCCUUCAUCACUAUUAUUCCCAUCUUUGCUGUAAGACCACUGGUUUUGAAACUUAAUAUUAAGCCCAUCUGUUGAGAUCAAAGGAGAUAAAAAGGCCCUUCCCCAAUCCCCACCUCUGCUCGUUCCUAAUUCGCCCAGCCAAGAAGCCCGAAUCCCUAACGGGAAUAGAGUUAGAAUUUUUUUUCAAAAAAUCUCGGUAUCUCCCUUCUUCCCAGCCUUAUCACAUAGAAUAGAAGUAGGGGUUUAAAAAAUAAAAAAAAAAAGAAAAGAAAAGAAAGAGAAAGAAAGGGUGAUUGAGAAGGGGAGAGAGAAAGAGAGAGAGAGAGAGAGAGAGAGAGAGAAACCCUAGAUAGAUGGGCAUUUCCGAAGCCUAUUCUCCCGUCCCAAUCUCCUCCUCUUCACCACCACCGUCUCUAUUUCGAAGCCUAACCCUUGUUCUCGCUCUCGUCGUCUCCUUUAUCUCUCCGGCCGCCGCGGCCGAUCUAUACGCCCUCGUCUACAAGGGCUGCGCGAAGCAGACCUUCGGCGGCGGGGGCGGCGCCUCCCAGCAAGCUCUCGCCGCCCUCGCCUCGUCCCUUACAGCUCAGGCCGCCACCGCCAAGUUCUACAAGACCACCACCUCCUCAGGGCAGGCGCUGUUCGGCGUCUUCCAAUGCCGCGGCGAUCUCAGCCCCUCUGACUGCUCCGCCUGCGUGGGCCGUGCCGUGGGCAUGUGGAGCUCCCUCUGCGGCUUCGCCGUCGCAGCCCGCGUCCAGCUCACUGGCUGUUACGCCCUCUACCAGGUCUCCGGCUUCCCACAGGUCUCCGGCACGCAGAUGCUCUUCAAGACCUGCGGCUCCGGCGGCGGCGGCGGUGGGGACUUCGAGCUGAAGCGCGACACCGCCUUCGCCCAGCUCCAGAGCGGCGUCGCCGGCGGCGCAGGGUUCUACGUCACGAGCUACGCGUCUGUGUACGCGAUGGCCCAGUGCGAGGGCGACCUCUCCACCGGCGACUGCAGCGACUGCGUGUCCCAGGCCGUCCAAAAGUCGGAGGUGGAGUGCGGCGGCGCCUCCUCCGGCCAGGUCUACCUCGACAAGUGCUACAUUACCUACUCCUACUACCCCAACGGCGUCCCCCACGGUGGCGGCAGCGGCGGCGGCGGAAGCGGCAGCGGCGGCGGCGGAAGCGGCGGCGGCGGAAGCGGCGGCGGAGGGCAGCAAACAGGGAGGACCGUGGCGAUCGUGGUUGGAGGGGCGGCGGCGCUGGGGUUUCUGGUGGUCUGCUUGCUCUUUGCCAGGAAUCUAAUGAAGAAGAAAGACGAUUUUUGAAGAAAGUUGGUGGUGAUGGGUCCGCGUGUGAAAAAGUGGGUGAGGAUUUUGGUGUUUUCAGAGGAGCGGGGCAAGUAGAGAAUAAUGGAGGGUUUGAUUCAAUCCUGUACAUCUCUGUCUCUAUAUAGUUUAAAUUGUAGCUCAUUUGUUUGCCGUCUCCUUUUGUUACCUGAGUACUUGUUAAUUUCCAUUGUUUCGAAUAUUAAUUUCUUUCUUUGUUUGGGGGCGGAGGCAGAGAGAGCCGUUGGGUUAGAUAAUUUGUUCAACUAAACGUUCCUUUCA